AUGGGUGUUUCUUAUUUGUUGUAUUCAUGGGUCAAUGUGAAAAAUGGUCAAGAGGGAACCCCCAUCUCCCCGAAAAUACAUGCAAGCAGUAAGAGAUCAAGAGGAUCCAAGAAACCUCCAACACGUUCUGUAAAGAAAAUGAAGGUAACCCACUACUUAAACGCUGAGGAACUUUCCAAAGAAAUGUCAGUUGGCUUUGGCCUUGACAAAGAAUGGCCAUAUCAUCAUAUCAGGCUCAAAUGCCGAAUCAUCAUAUUAGGCUCAAAUGCCGAAUCAUCAUAUCAAACUCUAAACCUGAAUCAUCAAAAGUGGCCCAAAGGCCAAACAUUUAAAAUUUAUAGGGUUUCCACCAACAUGGGCCCAUCUAGGCAAGAAUUCGAAGUUUAUUUUAUUCAGACCUUAUUGCAUGGUUUCUUCCGAAUAUUUAAUUGGUCUGCAUCACAGAAGCGGUUCGAUGAUGAAAACCCUAAAUCUGAUCUGACUUCGUAUGAGGAAGAUUUUUUCGGUUAUUAUGAUGAUGACUCUAUUUCUGUUGAGAUAGAUCCAAAGUGGGGAAGAGAACUUGAUUCUAAGGGUGAACCCAUUUAUACUCCUGAGAUAGAUUUAUGGGAUGAUCUGUUCUUUGUGAGACCUCCAUCUGCUUUGCAACUGAAUGUUGAGUGUACUUUAGUUGAUGCCUUGAACUUUUCUUCAUCAAAUUGGAUCUUGUUUAGUCAAAGAAGCAUAGAAUCACAAAGAAAACUCAUGCAGAAAGUGUUAGCGGGACCACAAGUAGAAGCCGACAGUGAACAAUGGAAAUCCACGGCGGAGGAUACUAAUGAAUAUUUAAAGACGAUUCUUGCAGAUAUGAUGGUAAAAUGGAAGACGUGUUUUAAUGAUUUUCCUUAUAUUUAUGAAAUUGCGACAAUUUUAGACUCAUGUCUUAAGACGAAAAAUCUCACUAAAUUGAUAGGCUUUUACUACCAUUCAUUAGAUCGUCCACAUAGUGAUGUACAUAAUUAUAUUGGAAAUCAUAAAAUGCUUUUAGUAGAGCUUUAUGAUUACUAUUCUAGUAAACUUGUUGAUAAUUCCGUGACUAAGUUACGUGCGGUUGUUAUAUAUGUUGAUUCUUCUGAUUUUCGACUUACAAAUUUUGAGAAAGCUAAAAUUGAUAAAGGUUUGCAAUCAAAGGGUAAAUUAGUUUUGGAUGUUUCCACUAGAUGGAACUCUACUUAUGACAUGAUUCAUAGGGCUCUUGAGGUAAAGGAUGCUAUUGAUUUAUAUCUUGUUCGUGAAAGGGAUAUUGAUGUUGAUAUUAUUUCUGAGAAUGAGUGGGAUACACUUCAAGAUAUUUGUGAUUUUCUUGAGCCAUUCUAUGAGAUUACCAAGCUUUUUUCUGGUUCAAAAUAUCCCACUGCAAAUUUGUACCUUUCUUGCAUAAUAUGUAUUGAAAAGAUUUUGACUGAUUCCCACCAAGAUCCUAGUGAUGCUGUGAGAAAGAUGGCUGCUCCUAUGUGGGAAAUGUUUGAUAAAUAUUGGUCCGAUCAUUCUAUGGUUCUGUCUUUUGCCUUUUUACUUGAUCCACGUUUUAAGAUGACUUUCCUUAGUGAUUAUUAUUCUAUGCUGUAUGUACCUACUGCGGUUGAACAAAAGGUAAAUGAUGUGCUUGCUGCGUUUGUUGCUUUAUAUGAAUGUUAUAUGAAUACCACUCAAUCUGCUCCUGUUGCACCCUCUCCGUCAAACCUUGGUCCUCCUCGUCCGUUCCAAAUGCGCAAGUUACGUCAUGAUUUUCCUCGUAUUUCUGCAUCUAGGACGGCGAGAGGUGAUGUGGACUCUUAUUUGGCCAUGUCUCUUGUUGUUGAUUAUGAUGGUUUUGAUGUUCUUGAAUAUUGGAAGGGACAGUCUACCUCUUAUCCAACACUCGCACUAAUGGCUAGAGAUAUUCUAGCCAUUCCAAUUACUUCUGUUGCAUCUGAAUCUGCUUUUAGUGUUGGUGGUCGGAUCCUUAACAAAUUGAGAUCUUCUUUGUUACCAAAAAAUGUUGAAAUUUUGGUGACAACGCGAAAUUGGCUAUUUGGGUUUGAACCCGAGGAAAAUGCGAAGGAGAUAUUAAGUGUUAUUGAGGAAAAUAACACUGAUCAUGAUGAUAAUGCUUCAGGUACACUAAGUUUGGUGGAGCAGUUCCUUACAGAUUAUUGAAAGGCGGUGUCG